UGACGACUAGACCCUUGCACAACCACGCGCGAUCCCCAUUGUUGCGACCGCCAAACUUUUUGCCUCAGCCAUUCAAUUCCCUCCAAAAUGGCACCCGCAUACAUGUGUACUAUCUGCUCGAGAGCUCUGACGAGGCAGUCUCCUUUACUGAUUGAGGCUUCGCAGCGUUCCUCAUACCGUGCAUCGCAAUUCCGUCGUCACCUUUCUACCACGACCCCAGCUUUCUACCAUGCUACACAAUCGCUCUCGGCCGUGGAAUCUAAAUCCCGCAGAGUUACAGAUAUCACGGGAAAGCAAAAACCAAAGCUCAACACGGUGACUGGGUUAGCGGCGAAGCUUCGUGAAAAAGCUCCUCUGAUGACGGAAACGUACGUCGCAUACGGUGCCAUGCAGGAGCUCAUCAAAGAAUGCGCGAGACCUGGCGAUUACACGAUACCCCAGGCGAAUGAGAAGAAUGCGGAGAUCCCUAGGGACGAAACGGGUGCACAUCUGGGUGUCGCAACGGGGUGGUGGUACGACACGCUUGGUCUCGCCCCGACGUUUAUCAACUGGGCUCAAAUUACCUUCAUCCACAUGUACAUGCUGCAGGUCCGGUUCCGCAUGCUCCCCAAAACCCAUGCCCCAAUCUGGAUCCAACACCUCACCAACCACGCCUUCUAUGCCGCUGAAGACCGCCUCGUAGUCUGGCAUCAACUCAACGCGAAUUCUAUUCGUCAGAAAUACCUUAAGGAUAUGUUUUCGCAGUGGCGUGCUGUGUUGCUCUCUUACGACGAAGCCAUCGUAAAGGGUGAUGCCGUCCUUGCGGCUGCCAUCUGGAGAAACUUGUUUGCCGCCAAAGAGGACGUAGAUUUUGAGAAGUUGGCGCAGAUUGUGGGGUAUAUGAGACGGGAGUUGUACCGAUUGGAUCGAGCGACCGAUGAUGAGGUGGCCAAUGGGGACUGGAAGUUCAAGGGAGACCCGGGAGAGGUUGAAGGGCUUGUGAAGCCACCCAGCAGAGGUCUCUCUCAGGUGUGAAUGUCAGAAUGGAGAGGUAUUUGCAUUAUUGUAUUUCUAUGUCACAACAUUGUAUCAUUAUUGUUUGUAGAAGUACACUUGUAUUCUAUUGCAACACGAAGAACGAAUGUUUGUUGAUUUCUCAAAUGAUUUGGGUAGUGAUGUAUCAACAACCACUUGCUCAUAGGUCACUCUCGUUGUGCGAUGUGGCGUAUACGAACUGCCGCGCCGAUACCUCCAUUUAAAACCAAUCCUGACAAUGAAUACUAAAUGGGGAGGAAGCGUGCACAACUAACCGCAAGCACAAAUGAGCCAAAUCUACUACGACAUAUUCAUUCUCAACGCUUACAUUCACGAUUGUGUAAAUCCGACAGACUGUGAUUUCCCUUGUUUCUGUUCCAUCGUGAAAGAUUCCGCGUAACAUACCAACAUGUACGUAUGUCGAUGCAAAUUAGUCGAGCUUCCCGUUCAGGGACUUGAUCUUCUUCUGGAUACAAUUGGUAAUCAUGAUUGUCAAUCUCAAUUAGCAGAGUGACUUUGAUUCGGCACUCAAGUUCUUAACUGUUGCAUUAUGGAUUUCUAAUAAGCUUACUGUGGUUGGCAUUUUAUGCGGUACUGUUCUUACAUAUUCGAUUGCGGUCCAUGUAUAUCGAUCGCGUGGAGGUUUUGAGGGGUCAUAUACAUACAUACCGGUGACUGGUGAUUGUUGCGAUGACUUUAGUGGUGGUCGGAUUGGCUACCUACGGCCG